AUGCUGAUACGAUUACAGGCGACCAUAUUGGUCGCCAUAUUAGUUAUAUUUAGGGAAUGUUUAACACAGAAUUCUACGACAAAUCUAUUUAGUUGUCCAACGGGAUGGGAACUGCGCGGCCUCCACUGUUAUAAAUUUUUUAAUAUUAGGCAUUCAUGGGAGAAGGCUGCUGAACUUUGUAGAAGAUAUGGCAGUGAGUUAAUGGCAGUAGAAUCGUAUAGCGAAAAUAAUAUAACAGCAACCAUCGCCACAUCCUCUGUACCACUAGAAAGGCGAGGAGCGAACCACUACUGGCUAGGUUUAGCUUCAUUAGACGAUCUAAGAACCAACACCUUAGAAUCAGCAGCAGGAGCCUUGGUCUCACAAUACUCAGGUUUUUGGUCUCUCAACCAGCCGGAUCCGGAAUCUGGAGAAUGCGUGGACGUUAUCGUAACCGAGGAAUCCCAAUCGUGGGAGCUCACCACCUGCGAGAGCCUCCAGCCGUUCAUGUGCAGGGCGAAGGCCUGCCCGACGGGCUCCUUCCACUGCUCCAACGGCCUUUGCGUCAACGAGAAAUUCCGCUGCGACAAACAGGACGACUGCGGCGACGGCUCCGACGAGCUGGAUUGCGCCCUGAAUUGCAACUUCUACCUGGCCAGCAGCGGCGACGUCGUGGAGAGCCCCUACUAUCCCCACAAGUACGCGCCAUUGACGAACUGCAAGUGGACGUUGGAAGGGCCGCAGGGCCACAACAUCCUGCUGCAGUUCCAGGAGUUCGAGACCGAGAAGACCUUCGAUACCGUGCAAAUCCUGGCGGGCGGUAGAACCGAAGACACGUCCGUGAAUUUGGCCACGCUGUCCGGAAAGCAAGACUUGACUAACAGAUCGUUCGUGUCCGGCUCGAAUUUCAUGAUCAUCAAAUUCAGCACUGAUGCUUCCGUGGAGAGGAAGGGCUUCAGGGCCAGCUGGAAAACCGAGCCGCAAACCUGCGGAGGUACGCUCAGGGCGACGCCGCAAGGACAGGUGCUCAGUUCACCGGGUUAUCCAUCGCAGUAUCCUGGAGGGUUGGAGUGUUUGUACGUUAUCCAAUCGCAGGGCGGGAGGAUCAUAACGUUGGAAGUGGACGAUCUGGAUUUGGACGAGACUCGCGAUUUUAUUUUGGUGAGAGACGGCGAUUCGCCGAAGAGCAAACCGAUCGCUAAGUUGACGGGAAAAUGGGAGAACAAUCAGAAAGUUAUCAUGUCCACUGGCAACCACGUUUAUAUCUACUUCAGAACUCGUUUGGGCGACUCCAGAAGAGGAUUUAGAAUCAGAUACACUCAAGGUUGUAAAGCGACGAUUGUUGCUCGAAACGGAACGAUAUCAUCUCCGGCAUAUGGAUUGGAAAACUAUCCGAGCAACCAGGAAUGCUUGUACAAAAUAAAGAACCCAGGCGGUCAAGCGUUGUCGCUAAACUUCGGCAAUUUCGACGUGGAUAAAUCGGAUUUCGUGCAAGUCUUCGACGGUACAACCACCAGCGGAUUGAGGCUUCAUUCCGGCAACGGUUUCACCGCAGUUGCCAAGCCCAAAAUUACGCUAACCGCUUCGAGCGGGGAGAUGCUGGUGCGUUUCACAACGGACGCCCUUCAUAACAACGUCGGUUGGGAGGCUACUUUCUCAGCAGAUUGCCCGCCGCUUCAGCCUGGAAUCGGCGCAUUGGCAUCCAGCAGAGACACGGCUUUUGGCACCAUAAUCACAUUCAGUUGUCCUACCGGGCAAGAAUUCGCGACCGGUAGAACGAGAUUAACAACUCAGUGCAUGCUGGGUGGUAAUUGGUCUAUCAGCUACAUUCCAAAAUGCCAGGAAGUUUACUGCGGACCCGUUCCACAAAUAGACAACGGUUUUUCGAUUGGAUCCACUAACGUAACUUACAGAGGUCAGGCUAUGUACCAAUGUUACGCCGGUUUCGCUUUUCCAAGCGGCCAGGCCAUCGAAAGGAUAUCUUGUCUCUCCGACGGACAUUGGGAGAAGAAACCUACUUGCUUGGCUUCUCAAUGUUCAUCCUUACCGGACGUUCCACACGCCAACGUUACAGUUUUGAACGGUUUAGGUCGAUCGUACGGUACAAUUGUACGUUACGAAUGCGAACCGGGUUACAUACGAAGCGGUCCGCCCGUGAUUUUGUGCAUGAGCAACGGCACUUGGUCCGGAGACGUCCCAAUUUGUUCACGCGCGAAAUGUCCCGAGUUUCCCGAAAUCCAAAACGGCUUCCUUACCGACACCGCCAGGGAUUACUACUUCAACGACGAAGCCCGAGUGCAGUGCUUCAAGGGCUACAAAUUGAUCGGCAACAGUAUCAUCAGAUGCGGCGAAAACCAGCUGUUCAACAACGCUCCGAGAUGUGAGGAUAUAAACGAAUGUAUCACGAGCCAAUGCGACGUGGCCUCGACCGAAUGCGUCAACGUUCCGGGAUCGUUCCAUUGCAAAUGUCGAAAAGGUUUCGAAACUACUCAGGAAUGCAGGCCGGUGGGAGAUCUGGGUUUAGUUAAUGGUGGAAUUCCCGACGAAUCGAUCACUGUGUCCAGCAAUGAGCCGGGAUACGACAAAAGUAUGGUACGUUUGAAUGGACCUGGAUGGUGUGGCAAUACGAUUGAAGGCGGUUCGAAUUGGGUACUAAUCGACUUAAAAGCACCGACUGUUAUAAGAGGUUUUCGUACAAUGGCCGUCCAAAGAUCAGACGGCAACGUGGCCUUCACUUCAGCCGUUCGCAUUCAAUACACCGACGAUCUAACCGACGUAUUCAAAGAAUACAGAAACCCCGACGGGUUGGCGGUCGAAUUUACCAUCGAAAAACCCACCCUGUCCAUCCUCAACCUCCCCGUACCCAUCGAAGCCCAAUACAUCAAAUUCAAAAUCCAAGACUACGUGGGCGCGCCCUGUCUGAAGCUCGAAGUGAUGGGCUGCACUCGAUUGGAGUGCAUCGACAUCAACGAAUGCUCGGUCAACAACGGCGGCUGCCAGCAGAAGUGCAUCAACAACGCCGGCGAGUACUCGUGCGGCUGCAACAUCGGCUACGAGCUGUACACGCGCAACGGCACCGCUUCUUUCAACAUCGAAGCCUCGGAAACGGGAGCGCGCGACGGAGACGUGUACCAAGUGAACAAAUCCUGCGUGCCUGUCAUGUGCCCGAGUCUAACUUCGCCCGAAAAUGGGCAUAUCUUGUCUACUAAAGAUAAGUUCCAUUUCGGCGAUUUGGUGCGGUUCCAGUGCGAUUUUGGCUACGUGAUGACCGGUUCGUCUUCGUUGCUUUGUUCUUCGUCGGGUGUUUGGAAUGGAACUGUACCGGAAUGCAAAUAUGCCCAAUGUGUGUCUUUACCAGACGACAAAAACGAAGGUCUCAAAGUUUUGCGCAACGAUGAAGACAGCGUUUUAGUACCGUUCCGUGAUAACGUAACACUCAAUUGUAACAGCAACGGUAGGUCAUUGAGAAGAACUUCAACAUCAUCAUUCAGACAAUGCGUGUACGAUCCUAAACCUGGCUUACCUGAUUACUGGUUGAGCGGUAUUCUUCCAUCGUGUCCUCGAGUUGAUUGCGGCGUUCCACCUCCAAGUCCAGGCGCUGAGUACGGUCAAUACGUGGACACCAAAUACCAAUCUUCAUUCUUCUUCGGUUGCCAAAACACGUUCAAAUUGGCCGGCCAAAGCAGCAAAUACGACAACGUGGUUAGGUGCCAAGCCAACGGAGUCUGGGAUUUCGGCGAUUUGCGGUGCGAAGGGCCCGUGUGCCAGGAUCCGGGCAGGCCGAGCGACGGUUACCAGAUCUCCAGGAGCUACGAGCAAGGCUCGGAGAUAUCGUUCGGCUGCAACCGGCCGGGUUACAUCAUGAUCAAUCCGAGACCGAUAACGUGCGUUCGGGAUCCGGAAUGCAAAGUGGUGCGCCCGCUGGGCAUCGCCUCCGGGAAAAUACCGGAUUCGGCUAUAAACGCGACCAGCGAACGGCCGAAUUACGAAGCCAGGAACGUGAGAUUGAACUCCGUUACCGGCUGGUGCGGCAAACAGGAGGCCUUCACCUACGUCAGCGUGGAUUUGGGUAAAAUUUACAGGGUGAAAGCCAUAUUAGUCAAAGGUGUUGUUACUAACGAUAUCGUCGGUCGACCUACUGAGAUCCGAUUUUUCUACAAGCAAGCUGAUAACGAGAACUACGUUGUAUACUUCCCUAAUUUCAAUCUAACGAUGAGGGAUCCCGGUAAUUACGGAGAACUGGCUAUGAUAUCUUUACCUAAAUACGUUCAAGCGAGGUUCGUUAUUUUGGGUAUCGUCAGUUAUAUGGACAACGCUUGCCUAAAAUUCGAAUUAAUGGGUUGCGAUGAACCCGAUAAAGAACCGUUACUUGGUUACGAUUAUGGAUACUCACCGUGUGUCGACAAUGAAACACCAGUUUUCCAAAAUUGUCCACAACAACCAAUUGUAGUACAAAAGGACGCCAAUGGCGGAAUAUUGCCAGUAAACUUCACAGAACCCACAGCUGUGGAUAAUUCCGGAAGCAUAGCAAGAUUAGAAAUAAAACCAGCCAGUUUCAGAACGCCUUUGUACGUUUUCGAAGACACCGUCGUGAAAUACGUAGCUUAUGAUUACGACGGCAACGUCGCUAUUUGUGAAAUCAACAUUACCGUUCCAGAUAACACUCCACCCCAAUUGAGCUGCCCUCAAAGUUACGUGAUCGAAUUGGUAGACAAACAGGACAGUUAUGUCAUAAACUUCAACGAAACCCGUCGAAGACUGAACGUGUCUGAUGCAUCGGGAGAGGUCCAUGUUACUUUCAAUCCGGACAAAGCCACAAUUUCCAUCGGCGAUUUCAAAAACGUGACCGUAGUGGCGACCGAUAAGUACGGAAACAAGGCUUCCUGCUACUUCCAAGUCUCCGUUCAAGCUACUCCGUGCGUCGAUUGGGAGCUCAAACCGCCCGUAAACGGCGCUCUAAAUUGUUUACCGGGAGAUAAAGGUUUGCAGUGCAUCGGUACUUGCAAUCCCGGGUAUAGAUUUACCGACGGAGAUCCAGUUAAAACGUUUGCUUGCGAUACUAACGGACCUUGGAAACCUAGUUCUGUUAUACCUGAUUGUGUUUCAGAAAAUACCCAACAAGCUGAUUACCACUUCACAGCAUCAAUAAACUACAGAGCUAAUGGAGCUGUAGCCACCUCGUGCUUGAACCAAUACACCGAGCUUCUGGCUCAAUACUACAACAACCUCAACAUGGUUCUAUCGGAAAGAUGUUCUGCAGUGAACGUUAAAAUGAAUGUAACUUUCAUCAAUGCACUAGCUACAUUGGUGGAAGAGAAUGUCGUUAAAGUCGAUUAUAUUUUGGAUAUAAUGCCGGUUGUAAGGCAGCCACAGCUGUACGACCUUUGCGGCAGUACUUUGAAUUUAAUGUUCGAUUUAUCAGUACCGUACGCAAAUGCUGUGGUCGAACCGCUGCUGAACGUUUCUUCCAUUGGAAAUCAAUGUCCGCCGCUCAAAGCUCUAAAAUCUACGAACCAAAGGGGAUUCACCUGUAACGUUGGCGAGGUUCUGAACAUGGAUACCAACGAUGUUCCUAGAUGCUUGCAUUGUCCAGCCGGAACGUUCGCAGGAGAGAAACAGAAAGAAUGCACUUACUGCCCGAAGGGUUUCUAUCAGAACCGCGACAGGCAAGGCUCCUGUAACAGAUGCCCGCAGGGUACAUACACUCGCGAAGAAGGUUCAAAGAGCGUCCACGAUUGCAUACCGGUAUGCGGUUACGGAACGUACUCGCCUACAGGUUUAGUCCCUUGCCUCGAAUGUCCCAGAAACAGUUUCACCAGCGAACCGCCCACCGGAGGAUUCAAAGACUGCCAGGCAUGUCCGGCCAAUACUUUCACCUACCAACCAGCGGCUACCGGCAAAGAUAAGUGCAGACCAAAAUGCAGCCCUGGGUAUUACUCACCGACUGGAUUAGCUCCUUGCUCGAUGUGCCCGCACAGUUUCUACCAAUCCCUCACCGGUCAAACAUCUUGCACGGAAUGUCCCAGUAAGAUGAAGACAGAAGUUCCCGGAUCCACUGGAAGGGACGAUUGUCGGCCGGUGCAAUGCAAGGAAAACGUUUGCCAACACGGAGGAAUUUGCAUACCGAUGGGACACACGGUGCAUUGCUUCUGUCCUGCUGGGUUUACUGGAAGAAGAUGUGAAGUAGAUAUAGAUGAAUGCUCAUCGCAACCCUGCUAUAAUGGUGGUACUUGCAUUGAUUUGCCGCAAGGGUACAAAUGCCAAUGUCCUCCUGGUUAUUCGGGUGUCAACUGCCAAGAAGAGCGCUCUGAUUGUUCGAAUGAUACCUGCCCUGCUAGAGCCAUGUGCAAAGAUGAGCCUGGUUAUAAAAAUUACACGUGCCUUUGUCGUUCGGGCUACACAGGACUCGAUUGCGAUGUUACGAUCGAUCCUUGCACUGCAAACGGAAAUCCUUGCCACAACGGAGCGAGUUGCGUAGCCCUGCAACAGGGCAGGUUCAUGUGCGAAUGCCUGCCCGGUUGGGAAGGCCAAAUGUGCGAAUCGAACAUCGACGAUUGCGCCGAGAAACCUUGCUUGUUGGGCGCCAAUUGCACGGAUUUAGUGGCCGAUUUCAGCUGCUCCUGUCCGGCCGGUUUCACCGGCAAGAGAUGCCAGGAGAAGAUCAACAUGUGCAGCCGGAACCCGUGCAAGAACGGCGUGUGCGUCGACAAACUGUUCGAUUUCGAAUGCGUGUGCGAACGCGGAUGGACAGGAGACAUUUGCGAGACCAACAUCAACGAUUGCCAGCCCAAUCCGUGCCAAAACGGCGGGCAUUGCAUGGAUGGAAUCGAUGAUUUUAAAUGUACCUGCGAGCCUGGUUAUACCGGAAAGAAAUGCCAACACACUUUAGAUUUUUGUUCAUCAGAGCCCUGCCAAAACGGUGCUACUUGCACGGAUUUGGUAGACGGAUUCUCUUGUAAAUGCCGACCGGGUUUCGUCGGUUUGCAAUGCGAAGCCGAGAUAGACGAAUGCCUGAGCGAUCCCUGCAACCCCGUCGGCACCGAGAGAUGCGUCGAUUUGGACAACAAGUUCGUUUGCAUGUGCAGGGAAGGCUUCACCGGCGACGCUUGCCAAACCAACAUCGACGAUUGCCAAUCGCAGCCUUGCCUGAACGGAGGCUCGUGCAGAGACGAAGUCGGUUCGUACCGUUGCGUGUGCAGACCCGGUUGGACCGGAGCCAAUUGCGAAACGGACAUCGGUAGUUGCCAAUCCAGGCCUUGCCAAAACGACGCCAAUUGCAUCAAUCUCUUCCAAGACUACUUCUGCGUCUGUCCUUCCGGUACUGACGGUAAGCAAUGCGAAACCGCCCCGGAGAGAUGCAUAGGCGAUCCGUGCAUGCACGGCGGUAAAUGCCAGGACUUCGGGUCCGGUUUGAAUUGCUCCUGCAGCGACGGAUUCAGCGGCAUCGGCUGCCAGUACGAGUACGACGCGUGCCAGGCCAAGGCGUGCAGGAACGGCGCCAGCUGCCUCAACGAGUAUCCGGGCUUCAGGUGCGUCUGUCCGCCCGGGUACACGGGAAAAUUCUGCGAAGAGGACAUCGUCGAUUGCAAGGAGAACUCCUGCCCGCCGAGCGCCACCUGCAUCGAUUUGACCGAGAAGUUCUACUGCAAAUGUCCGUUUAAUUUGACCGGGGAAGAUUGCAGAAAAACUAUCUCUGUGGAUUACGAUUUGUACUUCAGCGACGCAACGAGAAGCUCGGCUUCGCAAGUCAUUCCUUUCUACACAGGUUCGAAAUCUAGUAUGACGAUUGCCUUGUGGGUGCAAUUCACUCAAAGGGACGAAAACGGCAUAUUCUUCACGCUCUACAGCGUAUCAGACAAAUUUGUCCCGACUGAUAGACGCCCGAUAGUUCAAGCGCAUUCCAACGGAGUGCAAAUUUCGAUAUUCCCCGAUCUUCAAGAUGUCUACUUAAGCUACCGCGACUACACCACAGUUAAUGACGCCCAAUGGCAUCACAUUGCUAUCGUUUGGGACGGCGAAAACGGCGGUGAACUCAAACUCAUCACCGAGGGACUGAUAGCCAGCAAGGUGAAAGGAUACGGAAGCGGCAGGAAGUUACCUGAAUAUGCUUGGGCUACAUUAGGAAAACCGCAAACUGGUAACCCGAAGGCGUACACUGAAUCAGGUUUCCAAGGUCAUUUAACUAAAGUGCAAAUUUGGGGAAGAGCUUUGGACGUGACCAACGAAGUACAGAAGCAAGUUAGAGAUUGCAGGACGGAGCCCGUGCUAUACAGAGGCCUGAUACUAACUUGGGCUGGCUACGAAGACACAGUAGGAGGUGUGGAAAGGAUAGUGCCAUCGCAUUGCGGCCAAAGGAACUGCCCGCCCGGUUACAAAGGAUCCAAAUGCCAAGACUUGGAGGUCGACAAAAUUCCACCCAAAGUCGAAUACUGCCCCGGCGAUUUGUGGAUCAUUACGAAAAACGGAUCGGCUUUGGUCGUGUGGGACGAGCCCCACUUCACUGACAACGUAGCCAUAACUAAGAUACAAGAAAAGAGCGGUCACCGACCCGGACAAACCUUACUGUGGGGCAUUUACCAAAUCGCUUACGUCGCCUCGGACGCCGCCGGUAACACAGCUACUUGUACAUUCAAAGUAUCAGUAUUAUCCGAAUUCUGUCCGGAACUCCCCGACCCAGUAGGCGGCAUGCAACUGUGCAAAGAUUGGGGCGCCGGCGGGCAAUUCAAAGUCUGCGAAAUCGGCUGCAACCCAGGCCUGAGAUUCUCCCAGGAAAUACCGCUAUUCUACACCUGCGGUGCCGAAGGUUUUUGGAGACCCACCAAAAACUCUAACCUACCAUUAGUCUAUCCAGCGUGCUCUCCCGCUAAACCCGCCCAACGUGUGUUCAGAAUCGAGAUGCUCUUCCCGAGCUCGGUGCUUUGUAACGAAGCAGGUCAAGGCGUGCUGAAGCAAAAGGUUCGAAACGCCGUCAACUCGCUAAACAGAGACUGGAACUUCUGUUCCUUCGCCGUCGACGGUACAAGGGAAUGUAAAGAGCUGAACAUUGACGUGAAAUGCGACCACAGAUCCGGCAGGCAAAGGAGACAAGCCGCUGAAUCGGACGAAGACGGCGGUACUUACGUCGUCAAGACCAACGUACCGGUAGAGAAAAGUUCCCGACAAGGAAGGCAAUCGUCCAGUGACACGUACGACGUAGAAAUCUCCUUCCCGGCGAUAAAUGAUCCAGUGGUUAAUUUAAAUUCCAAUGAAAGAACAACAGUGAAAGCGCUUCUAGAAAAACUCAUUCUGGAAGAAGACCAAUUCGAUGUAGGCGAUAUCCUACCCAACACCGUCCCCGAUCCAUCAUCUUUGAUUCUCCAAUCCGAUUAUGCUUGUCCCGAUGGGCAAGUGGUGAUGCCUCCAGAUUGCGUUCCAUGUGCCAUCGGUAGCUACUUUGAUAAUUCAACCAAAGCCUGCGUUCCGUGUCCCAAAGGCUUCUACCAAAGCGAAACCGGCCAAUCGCAGUGCAGCCAAUGCCCACCCAUCGCCGGUAGACCUGGUGUUACAGUUAGCGUUGGAGCCCGAAGUGCCGCAGAUUGCAAAGAACGGUGUCCAGCUGGUAAGUUCUUCGACCACGAAGCGGGCUACUGCCGCAGCUGCGGUCACGGUUUCUACCAGCCCAACGAAGGAUCCUUCUCCUGCGAGAUAUGCGGCCUGGGCAAAACGACGAGAACCAACGAAGCUGUUUCGAUCAAGGAAUGUCGCGACGAGUGCAGCAACGGCCAGCAACUCGGCGUCGACGGUAAAUGCGAGUCCUGCCCGAGAGGUACCUUCAGAACGCAAGGCGUUCAAUCCGUUUGCCAGACGUGUCCUUUGGGAACCACCACGCAAAAAUCCGGCGCUGUGACAGUCGAGGAAUGUUCCCUGCCUGUAUGCUCGCCCGGUUGGUACCUCAACGGCACUUUGAACAGCUGCGUGCCAUGCAAACAAGGUUUCUACCAAUCGGAGUACCAACAAACUUCGUGCAUCCGCUGCCCUUCAAACACCAUCACUAUAGGAACAGCUGCGACGAGUGUGAAGGAGUGCACGAACCCCUGCGAAACCAAAGGAUCCGAAAUGCAAUGCGACCCGAACGCUUACUGUCUAGUCAUACACGAGACCAACCAGUUCAAAUGCGAGUGCAAGCCGGGCUUCAACGGCACCGGCAAAGAGUGCUUCGACGUGUGCGAGGGCUUCUGCGACAACGAGGGCACCUGCGUCAAGGACGUCAGGGGACAGCCGUCGUGCAGAUGCGUCGGCAGCUUCACCGGGAAGCACUGCUCGGAGAAGUCCGAGUUCGCUUACAUCGUCGGAGGAAUCGCCGCCUCCGUCAUUCUGAUCAUAUUCAUUGUGUUGUUGAUUUGGAUGAUUUGCGCGAGGUCGAAUCCGAGGAAGGAGCCGAAGAAGCUUCUGACGCCGGCUACGGAUCAAAAUGGCUCGCAAGUGAACUUCUACUAUGGAGCUCCGACUCCUUAUGCGGAAAGUAUAGCUCCCAGUCACCACUCGACUUACGCGCAUUAUUACGACGACGAGGAGGACGGCUGGGAGAUGCCGAAUUUCUACAACGAAACUUACAUGAAGGAGAGCUUGCAUAACGGCGUUAACGGGAAAAUGAACAGCUUGGCCCGGUCGAACGCCAGCAUAUACGGUACAAAGGACGACCUCUACGAUAGACUGAAGCGUCACGCCUAUCCCGGCAAGAAAGACAAAAGUGACAGCGAAAGUGAAGGUCAAUAA